AUGAAGUCACGAAAAGCCAAGGAUGGCUCUGGCCAAAAGACUGAGGCUCCAGAUCUCGCCAUUGUUGGCGACAACAUCAAGUUAACUACUGGCGAUGCAAGCUCGCCAGGUCUCCUCCAGCCAUACGCACGCUUUCGCAAAGCGCCUAUCAAUGCAUUGCAGGAGCUUGGGUUGCAUCUCACGGGCUCAGAUUGGAGGAGCUACGAGUAUGUUAUCGGGCAACCGACAUUCUAUCCAGGCUUCAGCGAGAACAUGAAGCGCUUGGUCAUGGCGCAAGAACGGCUUCAGAAACGGAUCGUAGAGCUUGCCCAAAAGCGGGUGGAAGUCGAGCUUCAUGAAGGGCUUUUGGAGCAUAGGACGCGGAGAUUCAGCCGGAGACGGCAACUCGCAGAGCAGCUGCGUGAGGUAGCCGAAGACUGGACGGACAAGAUGAUCUGUAAGAUGGAUAGUCGGUACUUCAUCCGAGGAGCAUAUUACCUCGUUACGCAGCUCCUUACUCGAGCGUACCACCAAGGCAUCCAUGUCGGCAGCGAAGAGGUUGUGCGACUGAGAAAGGUUGCCGAAGAGGCAGCUGCGAAGCGGCAAUCGAUCAUCUUCUUGCCAUGUCAUCGCUCACACGUCGAUUACGUUGCGCUCCAAGUGGUCUGUUACCGCCUUGGCUUAGCAUUACCGACCGUGGUCGCAGGCGAGAACCUCAACUUCCCAGUAAUUGGGCCCUUUCUGCAACAUGCUGGCGCCAUGUGGAUACGGCGGUCGUUCGGAGAAGACAAGCUGUACGGCACACUCGUGCAGAGCUAUAUGGACACACUGUUACAAAAUGGCUUCAAUGUUGAGUGCUUUAUCGAAGGCGAACGUUCUCGGACAGGCAAGCUCCUGCAGCCGCAAUUUGGCAUUCUCAGCUACUUCCUCGAGAGCGUGCUAUCGGGCAGUGUACAGGAUGCGAUGGUGUGUCCUGUCAGCAUCCAGUACGACAAGGUGAUCGAGGUCGACUCAUACGUUAACGUACUGUUGGGCCAGCCUCAGCCGCGGGAAGAUUUGUCAGGUUUCUUAGCACGAGCGGACGUUUUGUCGCUCAAGCUUGGAAGAGUCGACGUGAGAUUCCAUGAGCCCUGGAGCCUGCGUGGCUUCAUCGAUGAGCAGACGGUUCGACUGUCGCAAAGCGUAGCAAACAGCGACACCACCAUCACACGAAGACGCCUGCUUAGCAUGCUUGGGUACAAGGCACUCAUGGACAUCAACAGCGUGUCAGUAGUCAUGCCGACGUCGCUUGUUGGUACUGUCCUUUUGACAUUACGCGGCCGUGGCGUUGGCAUGUCAGAGCUCAUACGCCGAGUCGAUUGGUUGAGCGAUCGCAUCCGCGCACAAGGUGGCCACAUAGCGCAAUUCGGUGGAAACACUACGGAAGUCGUUGUCGACAGAGCGCUUGAGGUACUAGGACCGAAGCUUGUGGGUCGUAUCGAUGGGCUGCCAGAGGCAACCUUUUAUGCAGAGGACCGGUUUCAGCUUAGCUUCUACCGCAACAUGACAAUCCAUUUGUUUGUACUGCAAGCACUAGUGUGCGUCGCUGUGUACACCGAAGCCAAACACGGCAGCCUAAGUGAGGCUCGGUGGGUAUCCUACCAGGAGCUUCGCAACUAUGUGCACUUCCUCUCCCAGCUAUUCCGCGGAGAGUUUAUCUUCCCAACAGCUCCAUUGGAAGACACGCUAAGGUCGACUCUUCACGGCCUCCAAGACGAUCGUGUGCUCACCACGGCCCGAAACAAGAUCGUCAACAAUGAUAUCGAGGAUAUUGCGUUGCAUCCGGAAGAGCUUGCGUCAGGACGCGAGAACUUCGACUUCUACUGCUACAUGAUCUGGCCGUUUGUCGAGGCUAGCUGGCUCGGCACACUUAGCCUCUUCAUGCUCGUACCACCUGCCGAGCAUUCGGACAACGAGGCUUGGCUGAGACUGAGGGAUGUCCAAACGCGAGCACAGCUCCUAGGAAAGACACUGUACCAUCAGGGCGACCUGAGCUACUACGAAGCUGUGAACAAGGAAGUCCUGGCCAACGCUUAUACGCGAUCGCAAGAGGAUGGCAUAAUCCAUAUCGUGCGCUCGAGAGAUCGAAGGAUACCUUCUACGGUGAGACUGGACCCUGCCUGGUUACCAGCGCGUCACGAAGGAGGCAGGCUGAAGCCGGAAGGCAAGCUUUGGGAGCUUUGUGAGCAGAUCAGCCUCGCCAGGCGCGAGGGUAGAAACCGUCGCGACGGAGCCACAGUGCGGACGAGAGUGUUACGGUUGGUCGAGCUUGUUGCACAAGGCUUGUUCGCAGACGCCGCCGCCACGGACGUCAAGACAACACCACGCAGGUUACGGCAGCGCAAGGAGCUGCAGACGAAGGCGCUGCUAUAA